GGGGGCGGGGCGCGCGUCGUAUCGGUUGAGCGCGAGAUUCGAAGUGCGGCGGUUGGUGGCUGUGAGGCGGCGCCGCCAUGGCGCUCUCUUCGCUCCAGCAGCUGGAGUCGCUGAAAUACGUCGAGCUCCAGCGGAUCGCAAAGUCCGCCGGCCUGAAGGCCAACCUCCGGGCAGACAAAUUGUUGAAAGCACUGAAGCAACACUUUCGUGGAACAAAACAAGAAAAUGAAAAUAUGGACUCUGAAAAAAGUGCAUCUGCUUCCAUCGAAUCGGAUGAAAUGAGCAAUCAAGAGAAAAUCAUGCCUGAUUCAGUGUGUUUUAUUACAAAAAGACGUGGUAAAAAGAAAAUAACAAGAAAAAAGAGGAACUCCAAUGAAGAAAUUAAUACCAGCAGAGAAAAUACAGGGCUUUCUGAUGAGAAAGAGGAGCAUUCUGACAUGAAAGAAAACGAAGUGCCUGAGGGUGAGCAUGAAAAGGGACAGAAGGUAUUCCAAAAUAAGGAAAAAGUAACUAAAAAGACAGCUAUUGAGAAUCCGGGGACGGGUACUGGUCAGAAAGAACAACUAGAGAAGACUUCUACUAAAAGUAGUGGAGGUGAAUGUGGUGCUCAUCAUGCAGAAGGGAAGAUCCCUUCAUAUGUAGGCUGUGCAUCUAGGUCUGGGAAAACAGGAAUGAAGGCUACUACACCAAACUUUAAAAAGUUGCACGAGGCUCACUUCAAGAAAAUGGAAUCUAUUGCUGACUACCUUGAGAGGAAAAAGAAAAUUAUUGAAAACUGCAGCAGUUCUCUCAACGAAGUCAAGGUGCUAGCCAAGAAAUCGAAUCCCUUAAGAGCACCCGAAAAAGGCACUCCACAUAACAAUUCUAAGAAACAAACCAGUGGCAAAACAUUUUUAUUCAGCCCAAAUUCAGAAAGAGGCAGAUUCUCCGCCACCUGCACUCCUAAUAACAUCCGGCGCUCACCACGCAGUUGUCUGAAUGCUGCCAAUCGGAGUAUUUUAUCUAGGAAAUCCUCAUUUAACCCUGUCCUUUCAACAACCAAAAUGAAUGUCAGGUUCUCAGAAGCCACAAAAGAUAAUGAACAUAAACGCUCUCUUACCAAGACUCCAUCUAGAAUGUCUCCAUACUUGGAGAUCUGCACACCUGAGAACCAAAAGAGCUGCAACCUAAUGAGUCAUAAUAACAGCAAGGGAAAUGCAAGAAAUAAUGAUCUGACUGCAUCAAAGGGCAAAGUGGAUGUUAUCACCCCCUUCAAGUUUGCAGCUCACGCUGCAGAACCCACAAGCACAAAGAAGACGUUUGACCUCAAAGCAAGUCUCUCAAGGCCCCUUCGGUAUCAGCCACACAAAGGACGACUAAAGCCUUGGGGAGAAUUUAAAGAAAAUACCGUCCUAAAUAAGUCUGCCGGUAGCAACAUCUCUUCAUGUAAGAAAGGUUACAAACAGCCGCAUCUCCAGACAAGGGAAGAAAGGCGUGAGAAACAUGAGCAAGAGAGAAAAAAGAAAAAGGCUCAGGCUCUCGGAAACCGUAGAGGACUAUCUGUGGAUUAGGAGGAAUAAGAAAUAUCUAAGAAAUCACUGUAAAUAUUGUUCCUGUCUUGUAAAUAUUUGUGCUGUCUGUGUAUGGUUCAGGUUGCUAUUAGCUAGUGGAAUCCGGAGAGCAUUGAAUGAGACCUUACAAUGCAUCUGAGCGUAGUGUUUUAGUCAUCAGCUUCCCCGACGAGAUGAGUUCUGAACUUCUAGGAGCUUAGAACUAUCUCUAGUUGCUUAUUAGUGUUUUCAUUUAACUAACUCAUUUAACUAAAUGAUGUUAAAGGAGAAAAUGUAAGUGGAAAAACGAUGCUCAAGAAGCCUCCUUGCAACUUAGGACAGACUUCUCCACCAGAAUGCAUUUGUUACCCACUAGGAUGGACAGAUAGCAAGCUUCAAAAUGUUCCACUGGUAAAUUACAGGAGCUGGAGAUGUCUGCUUGCCUUGUUCUCCAGAUCAGUCCUUAAAUUCUGUAACAACAGUUGCAGCACUUAUUCAGCAUUUCUAAUUGCAUGCCUAUGAAGUAGCAGGGAAGCUCCAAGAGAAGAAAAAAUACGCAAGCUCUCUGGAAAACUAAAAGCGUACAGCAAAAUAUAAUUAUAAAAUACUGUAUUUUUAAAAAGCCACAACUGAAAAGUGGCUUUACAAAUUGCCAGCUGGAUGCUUUGAACAGUUAGGGUUGUUUUGUUCCUUUCUAUGGUAAAUAGCAGAUGUUAACAAAAUUCUUAUGCUUUUCAUCUCUAUGAUGCUUAAAAGAGGUUACAGUAGUGUUGAGGCACAUUCAAUACCUUAGAUUUAAAAGCUGUUGUUAUUGUUACUUUUAAAAAAUACGCAGAAAAUCUUUCUGGAUUUAUUAUGGAUGGAGCUGGAAAGGUAAUUUAGCAGUUGUAAUCUCAGCUAGAAUUUUGAGCAGAUAAUUGUUUCAGUGAAUUUAGUGUCCUAUCAAAUAUAUGCACUUAUAUCAAGUGUCAAGAACAAGCAAUUCUUUUUUUAUAAACUUAAUGGGGGAAAUAAAUAUUUUGUAUAUACCCUGUUUAUCACUGGUUAUCUCAUCUAGUGUACUAUGUAUAACUACAUCCUUAGUGUAGCACUAGUUUUGCUCACACUUGUAUUUACUACUCUGUGUCUUUUUUUGUGACUAGCUUUCCUUGCCGAUUAGCCUGCCUACCGCUUUAUGAAAGCACGUUUGUUCUGGUAUCUUUAGAAACGAUAACCAUCACCCCUCUUCUGCUCUUAAGCUAUUUAAUUCUGUGCAAGAGGAAAAUGAUAGUACAAGGCACUGCUUCAGGUUGCUUUAUUGUGGCCUCUUCCAUAUAAAAUACAGGAACAUUUAUUAUUUGUAAAGCACACUUAAACAAGGUCACUGUGGUGGAGGUCAGUCUAAUCAAAGCACUAAGUUUGUGACAGCUGAAAUGAAACCAUUCAGCACUUGUUCUUUUAAGUGUUUCUUAAAUUACCAAAAAGUGGACUUCUCGGAAAAAGGGAGGUGUUGAGCUUCUAUGCCACCAGCUGAGACUGUGACUUCUUCCAGUACAGCUGAGUUAAGCUAAUUGCACACAGCAGAAGUGUGAUCUGAUCUGCCCUGUAAUGGUGCUGAUUAAGCUGAGCUGUGCCUCCUCAGGGAGCAGACAGCAAUGGUGGUUUCCCCCUAACCCACCCUUGGAGCAUUACUACUUCUGUUCAACACCCUUCGCUCUAUAAAGCUGUAGGACUAUCAUCAACAGCUCUAAACUAAAAGCCAAGCCCGCUGCAUAGCUACUGUUUCAAUCUUGGCAGCGGCAGCUUUUUCUUUUUUUAGUUAUUCAGAGGAGCCAAAGCUAAAGGUUGAAAUACUUCUGCCUUUUCCACUUCUGGUGCUGCUCUGUGUAAAUUUCAGCAGCUGAGUCACACUUAAGCACCAUUCCUCAGGGU